GCUUGCCAACAAGAGGCAACGCUCAACCGAGAGCGCCAAUAAAGACGCACCGGGAAGCAAGCGGCGACGCGGGCCGAAGGAGGCAGGCCCCGUGCAUUGUUGCACGGAUGGAGAAAGAUCCUGAGGCCAACAUGCCCACAUUUGAUGGUGCCGGGUGGCUGAACGGGGUCAAAAUCCUGAAGUGCAUGGAUGACCCGACGAGAAAGUGGCUGACGCAAACGGUCUGCCAAUUGGAGGCGUUGUGGGAGGGGGCCCAGCUGGAGGUGGUGGACAGGGAGCUAAUCCCGUCCAUUCCUAAGGCGAAGGUUCUCUUUCCCAUCGCAAUCCAAGGGGUCCGGGAGCUGUAGCUGCUGCAGCGACAGAAUCCGGACAUUCCAUGGUCGAGGCGUGGGGCAUGGGGAGCGUGUACCUGCGCCUCAAAAAACGCCAUCCCGGGGAUAAGGAUGCUCACACCCUGAAGGCAGGUGGAGAAGGACCUAGGUCUGGAAACCAUCGCGGAAGCCGCCCAGGGACUUUCCCUGGACGAGGUGGACGAGGAGGACGGUGACCUGACGUUGACAGUCAACCCAUCGAAUGGAGAUGAGCCCAGUACCCAUGCCACUGAGGGUGCUGCAGCUCAAUCUUCAUAAAAGCAAGAUCGCGUCGGCGGAACUCCUCAUCGCCCUGGACCUAGGGUCCGCCGACAUAACUUUGGUCCAAGAGCCAUGGAUUGCCUCGGGCAAUGCCGUCGCCGGACUAAAGUCCUCUAAUCACAACCUGUUCUAUACACCAUCGGUAAGCAGCCUGUUUGCUAACCUUAUGUCUCACUACAGCACGGAUGACCUCACUGUUGUGAUGCUGGAGAGCGAGAGGAAGCGCCUUCUGAUAGCUUCCUGCUACAUGGCACAUGAUAGGACGGCCCCACCGGAGGAACUCAGGAGCAUGGUGGAAGCCAGCCCCAGCAUCACUACGUGUGGGGGAGCCCCGACAUCAACGACAGAGAAACCCCCGGAACACUAACCGGGAAAAAAGUUCAAGAAGACAAUCUAGACACGACUCGCGUCUAGCCCGGGCCUAGAAAAAUCCGCUAGAGACAUAGAAAAGUCCCUAGAGACCCUCUCCAGG